GCGGCUCUGUGGGUCCAAUGAGAGGACGCCGCGUUCUCGGCCCGACUGCUAAUAGCAAACCCGGUAAUAUGGGGAACUGAAAACCACCAAGUGUAAGUAUAAAGAGGCUCUAGAUCAAGGCAGUGCCAGGAAAACUAACCCGAAAGCCCGUCCGGAGAAGCACUGCCAUCACUUGCAUUAGAGCCGGCUGAGGAAAGCUCAAAAUGGGGGGGAAGAGGCUGGCGCUGGUUGCUCUCUUUUGCCUCGUUCUGGCAAUCUUGCCUUCUCAAACAGUGACUGUAGCUGUCAUGUCAGUUGACCUCGGUAGUGAGUGGAUGAAGAUGGCAAUUGUGAAACCUGGUGUGCCAAUGGAAAUUGUCCUCAACAAGGAGUCAAGGCGGAAGACACCCAUAGCUGUAUGUCUGAAGGAAAAUGAGAGACUUCUGGGAGACAGUGCACUAGGAGUGUCGGUGAAGAACCCCAAAACUGUUUAUAGACACCUCCAAAGUCUUCUGGGCAAAAAGCACAAUAACCUCCAGGUGGCGCUGUACCAGAAACGUUUCCCUGAGCACCAGCUGGAGGAGGACCCAGUCAGAGGCACGGCUUACUUUAAAAACUCUGAAGAGAUGCAGUACACCCCUGAGGAGCUCCUCGGGAUGGUGCUCAAUUAUUCUUGUGGACUGGCUCAGGACUUUGCAGAACAACCAAUCAAAGAUGCAGUAAUUACAGUCCCAGCCUUUUUCAACCAGGCAGAGCGCAGGGCAGUCCUGCAAGCUGCACAGAUGGCCGGUCUAAAGGUUCUUCAGCUCAUCAACGACAACACAGCCGUGGCCUUAAACUAUGGAGUCUUCAGGAGGAAAGAUAUCGACAACGUAGUGAAGAAUGUGAUGUUUUAUGAUAUGGGCUCGGGCAGCACAACUGCCACCAUCGUCACUUAUCAGACAGUCAAAACCAAGGAGGCUGGCACCCAGCCCCAGUUACAGAUCCGUGGUGUCGGGUUUGACCGUGGUUUGGGGGGCUUUGAAAUGGACCUGCGACUCCGGGACCACCUGGCCAAACUGUUUAACGAGCAGAAGAAGUCCAAGAAAGAUGUGAGGGAAAACCACAGGGCCAUGGCCAAGCUCCUCAAAGAGGCUCAGAGGCUCAAGACGGUGCUUAGUGCAAAUGUGGAAUUCAUGGCUCAGGUGGAAGGUUUGAUGGAUGACAUUGACUUCAAAGCAAAGGUGACGAGGACUGAGUUCGAAGAGCUCUGUGCUGAUCUCUUUGAAAGAGUGCCUGGCCCAGUGCAGGAUGCCCUCACCACCGCAGAGAUGAAGCUGGAUGAAAUUGAGCAGGUGAUUUUAGUCGGUGGUGCCACCCGUGUUCCCAAGGUUCAGGAAGUGCUGCUCAAAGCUGUUGGCAAAGAGGAGCUGGGGAAGAACAUCAAUGCGGACGAAGCAGCAGCCAUGGGCGCCGUCUACCAGGCUGCAGCCCUGAGCAAGGCCUUCAAGGUCAAGCCCUUUCUGGUCCGAGAUGCAGCCGUCUUCCCCAUUCAGGUGGAGUUCACCCGUGAGACGGAGGAGGAGGGGAUCAAAACUCUGAAACACAACAAGCGUAUCCUCUUCCAGAGGAUGGCGCCCUACCCCCAGCGCAAAGUUAUUACAUUCAACCGAUACAACAAUGACUUUGAUUUCUACAUCAACUAUGGUGACCUCAGCUUCUUAAGUCAAGAUGACCUCAGUGUGUUUGGCUCUCUGAACCUGACCACAGUCAAGCUUUCUGGAGUAGGCAGCAGCUUUCAGAAGCACGGAGAUGCAGAAUCAAAAGGCAUUAAAGCCCAUUUCAACAUGGAUGAAAGUGGGGUGCUUCUGCUGGAUCGGGUGGAGUCUGUGUUUGAAACUCUUGUGGAGGACAAAGAAGAGGAAUCCACAUUAACGAAACUUGGUAACACAAUUUCCACCUUGUUUGGAGGAGGAUCAUCAGAACCUGCUCCAAAUGUAACUGAACCUGUUCAGGACGAGGAGGAAUUGCCUCCAGAGUCUGGAAAGGACAGCAAGGACGAGGACAACAAGGACGAGGAUGGUAAGGACAAGGCUGCCAAUGAGAAGCAGGAUGAUUCAGAGAAAAGUGAAGGAGAAGGCAAAAGUCAGGAGAAGACGGGGGAGGCAGGAAGUAACGAUGACGCCAAGGAGGAAAAGGAUGAAGAGAAAUCUGAGGCGGAGAAAGAAGUGGAGAAGAAGGCUAAACCUCAGCGAAAGAGCAAAAUCUCUGAAGACAUCACAGUGGAACUCAUCAUUAACGACAUCCUGAACCCCACGCCGGAAUACGUCACCUCCUCUAAGAAGAAGUUACAGGAUUUGACAGACAGAGACUUGGCCAAACAGGAAAGGGAAAAGUCACUGAACAGUCUGGAAGCUUUUAUCUUUGAGACACAGGACAAGAUGUACCAGGAGGAUUACCAGUUUGUGGUGUCGGAGGCGGAGAAGGAGCAGAUCUCUACCAAGCUGAGCGAGGCAUCGGAGUGGAUGGAUGAGGACGGCUACGCUGCCACCACCAAGCAGCUGAGAGAGAAGCUAUCUCAGCUCAAGAGUCUGUGUAAAGACAUGUUUUUCAGGGUGGAGGAGCGACGCAAAUGGCCGGACCGACUGGCCACCCUGGAGAGCAUGCUCAACACCUCCAGCUUUUUCUUGAGGAGUGCUAAACUGAUUCCAGAGGAUGAUCAGAUCUUCACUGAAGUGGAGCUCAGUAUGCUAGAAAAAGUGAUCAACGAAACAACAACGUGGAAGAACGAGACUGUAGCAGAGCAGGAGAAACGCUCUCCAAAGGAGCGGCCCAUUCUGUUGUCCAAAGACAUCGAGUCCAAACUGGCUCUGUUGGAUCGAGAGGUGAACUACUUGCUCAACAAGGCCAAGUUUGCCAAGCCCAAAGUUAAACCCAAAGCCAAGAACAGCACCAGCUCUGAUAAAAGCAGCAAGGCCAACAACACAGCCGACGAGAGCGUCAUUCCUCCCACAGAGGAGAGCACUGAUAAAAAGAGCGAAAGCCCAGAGGGGGUUCAGCCAGGCGAAGCCCCGCCUACUGAAGAGAGCACUGUACACACGGACUCAGAGAGCCAAUCACAGCCUACAGAAGAAACACCAACUACAGGACCAACGGAGAAGGCCCAACGUGAAAACCACAUAGAGGAUGAAUUAUAACAGCUUGAACUGGGGAAAAAUCACUUUAUUUAUUGACAUUGUAUAAAUGUUCAAGUUCCUCCUUGCUCUGUUUUUUCUGUUUGGUUUUAUUUUGUCUUUCAUUUUUUUUAUUUCCUUGUUAAUUAAACUGCUGGAAGCUGAUUGGAGAAAAGGAUUGUAGAUCACUCAUCUUGUCCCCUCUUCUGUGCUGUUAAUCUCUUCUGUCUUUGUUGGAUUCUGGAUUUCCCAAAGCAACGGACUCUCAAACACCAUAAAGAAGCUGCUCAACAAAAAGAAAUGCCUAAGACUGCGUCUGUAUGUUAUAGAUGCAUGUCCAGACAAAUGUUCACAUGCUAAUAAAGAGGAAGAUGUAACCAGUGCUUUGCUAUACUGGAACUAUAUGUACACAGCUGAGUGCUGUUAUAGUCUGGUUUGUCAUUCAUGAAAGAGUCAUGUCAUGCUUAGUCCUGUGCACAGUAUUCUCAAAUAUGCUGUGUUGUAUUGAGGUUAAUAUCUGAUUCAAUCCAGAUUAUUUUUUGGCCAAAUCAUUUUUAGAUAUAUUUGGAAACCAUAUAAGCACUUCAAUUCCAUACAGUAUAUUUAGAAAAGUAUUAGAAGUACAGUCAGUUGAUUUGAAUGAAAAGCAUUUUUUAUCUGGUGAAUCGCGACAAUAACAAUACAGUUCUGUCCUAACUGAUGGUCUAAUAUAGUAAGUCAUACUGUAAUUACUAACUGGGCUUUUAGAAGCAGUAAGCAGCCGUUGAUGUUGAUCUGAUAAACUUGAUCAGAAAUUCUGGCAUGAAUGUGCAUCAUAUAUAUAUGUGCAGAUAGUGGAACUACCUGCUGUAUAAGCAGUACUACUGAUGAUGUGUCAUUUUCGUGUUAAAUCACAUACUUUUUUUUUUUUUUUUUUUUUAUAGUAUGCUAACGUGUGCUAACGUAUGCUUGUUUACUGGUGAUCGUCCAACAUUAUGCACCCUCUGUAAUUUAGAGGUUUCUAAUUACUGGCUGAAUAGAAUCAUUACGUCUCCUGACAGUGCAGAAGAAACCACCACAUUUGGGUCCAUUGUGUAGCGGUUCAUGUUGGUGAUUGACCACUCAGGUUAUUUCCUGUAUGUGCACCACCACACUGGUUAAAACAGAACUCCCUGGUGGGUAUUUAACUUUUAAACAGUAUCUCCAAAAAAUAUGCCCUAUCAUUUUUUUCUGAUCUGGCUGGAUAAACUAAAAUGGCAACUGAUGCCAAAUGAGAACAGCUUGAAUGUGUCUCAGUGAAAAUGGUCAAAGUCCAUGUUUUUUUUUUUUUAAGUUUUAAAAGGUGCCAACCAUUGUAAAAGAUUUAUAGUGUCAUCACAGUUCUUUCCCUCAGCAUGCUCAACUUGUUUCCGUCAAAUGCAGUGAUGCAUUUUCUUGCUCAGAUUCCAUUUUUCUGUUAGAACAGCUGUGGAUUAGGGUCAUUGGAUCAGCACUUUGGGUUAGCUGUGUGCUUCUGUGGUUGGAAUUGUCUGAGUGAUAAACACCUCAAUCCUGAUAUAGGUAAUGUAAUAAGUUAUCUAUAUAUAUAUAUAGUAACUAAUGGUAAAGCCUAUUUUAGUAUACCCUGCACUCCAUGUUAGCAAGAAGCGUUCUCUAUGAUUUGCACCAUCACAACAUAAACCGUUGUCCAUAUGUUGUAAUCCAAUUCUGCCACUAGUUUUUCGACAGUCAGUUCAUCAGUAUAGAACGAUAUAUAUACAAUAGACAUUCAUUUAUUUAUUCAUUAUCCUUGUCCACUUAUCUGAACUCUGGUCGCAGCGGGCUGGAGCCGAUCAGCUGACAGUGGGUGAGAGGCGGGGUUCACCCUGGGCAGGUCACAGAUCACAGGGCUGACACAUGGAGACAGACAACAUUCAUGCUUUCUACGGUAGACAUGUUUUGAUUAUUUUGACAACAUAUGUUGUUAUAUUGCCCAGUCGUGCUAUGGAUUAUUUGAAGGUGGGAACUGAACAAAUAAGUCAGGAAUGGAAAAUACAAACAAUGUUGUGUUUCUAAACUGUUAAUAAAUCUUUUAUUUUGUUUUUUUAAA